GAUGGCGGCCCCCAUGGUGCGGUGUGGGAUGCUCCUGGCUCGGAGAAUAGCUACGGCUCGCCUUUCCCUGGCAGGUAAAAGAUGCCUACUUUCCGCAGCAUACGUGGACAGCCACCAGUGGGAAGCCAGAGAGAAGGAGCAAUACCACCUGGCUGAUCUCGCUUCGUUAAUGGACAAAGCAUAUGAAAGGAAGUUGCCUGUUAGUUCUUUGUCAAUAUCUCGGUUUGUGGACAACAUUUCAUCUCGAGAAGAUAUAGAUUCUGCAGAGUACUAUCUUUACAAAUUUCGACACAGUCCCAACUGUUGGUACCUGAGAGACUGGACCAUCCACACCUGGAUUAGACAGUGUCUGAAGUACGGUGCACAGGACAAAGCCUUGUAUACCAUUGUUAAUAAGGUUCAGUAUGGAAUUUUUCCAGAUAACUUUACAUUCAAUUUACUGAUGGAUUAUUUCAUAAAGAAAGAAAAUUACAAAGAUGCUUUAUCUGUGGUUUUUGAGAUCAUGAUGCAAGAAGCCUUUGAAGUGCCGUCCACCCAGUUCCUCUCCCUCUAUGUGUUAUACCGUUGCCUGGCAGAGAAGACAGACCUCACAUGGGAAGAGGAGAGGAACUUCGGUGCAUCCCUGUUGCUUCCAGGCCUAAAACAAAAGAACACAGUGGGCUUGAGUUCCCAACUGUAUGGCUAUGCACUUCUUGGGAAGGUGGAACUGCAGCGUGGACUGCAGGCUGUGUACCACGACAUGCCUCUGCUAUGGAGACCAGGCUACCUCGACAGAGCCCUUCAAGUGAUGGAGAAGGUGGCCUCCUCCCCUGAAGACCUCAAGCUAUGUAGAGAAGCGCUCAGUGUGCUGGACGGAGUCCUGAAGGUGGUGACAUCUCCAGCUGACCAGCCCCAGGAAGAGACACAGCCCCAGGAAGGUGAAGGUAGCUUGGGCUCAGCAGACGUGGUGGAGCAGCUGGACAUUGAGGAACCAGAACAUUCGAAGCUUCCCCGAUACCUAGAGCGAUUUAAGGCCUCUCAGUCUAAACUGCAGGAGUUGGGCAAGAUCGAGUCAGAAGGUCUUUUGACUCUGACCACCCAGCUCGUGAGAGAGAAACUCCCCGCGUGUGAGGCCGAGGACCUGGUCACUUAUGAGCAGAAAUUGCGUGAGUGGCACCUAGAGCGGAUGCAGUUGAUCCAGCGGGAACAGGAGCAGAGGGAGAGAGCAAAGCAAGAAUACCAGUCGCUGAAUGCAGCAAAGACUGCAGCCUAAACGGCCCCACGCUGGCCCUGCUCAAGAACUGUGUGGACCACUCCAGCGUUCUGCUUGGACAGAGUGGAGUCAGGAGUGUGUGGGCCACCCCAGCGUUCUGCACUGACAGGAUGGGACUCACACUCUGCUGUCCAGCUUCCCCUUUUUCACAGCAAGCCAUGCACAGCCUGAAAGCCACAGGGUGCGGCUGUCAGGGCACUGUCUGCCCAUCCAGGUGUCAAGGGCCAGGAAACUAAGAAGGUGGCGAGUGAUUGGGCCGAGACCACCAGCUGAAUCUCUAGCGGGCUUUCAGGGCUCACAGUGAAGUACUGGGCACAGUGUGAAAAGUUCCCCAUAUCCGGUGCGGGUGAUGGAAGAUGCUACAGCUGAGGCUGCAGCACGGGGUCUGAGUGGCUCAUGCUGCCUGUUCUGAGACCUUGUGUUGCAUUGUCCCCUGGCUAGUGCAGAUAGCCUGGUGAUUGGGCCCUGGGUGCUCAGACAUCCCGCUGCCCCCCCACACACACACUCUGCCCUCCUCUUUUCCUUCUGGGAGAAGCCCAGCUUGGUCUCCAGACCACAGCCUCACUAGAUGUCUGAUUGUAGGAGCCCAUGGUGACCCUUACAGAAUGCGGGGACUUUGGAGAAGAAACUUGGCCCUGGGUGAGGUCCUUGUGGCCCGGCUUCUUCAGCAUAUUAGACUAACUUUUUCCCACACAUUGUCAGAAAUAAAAAAUGAACCUUU